AGCUCGGGCUCCUUCACCCCCGUGGCCAACGAGCUCAAGCGGAAGGACAAGUACAUGAAGAUCCUCUUCUCCUGCCACGUCCGCAAGGUGAAUCGCUUCARCAAGGUGGAGGACAGGGCCAUCUUCAUCACUGACCGCCACCUGUACAAGAUGGACCCCAUGAAGCAGUACAAGGUGAUGAAAACCAUCCCCCUCUACAAUGUGAGUACCAGCUUGGAAUCCUCAUCCCAGCCUUCUUCAUUCUGCAGCUCCAUUUUCAUAUCCCUGAAAUGGAGAAAGUCCGUUUUCAUAUCCAUAAAAAUGGAAAAAGCCCUUGGAUGGCAGGUUUUAAUUUAUUUAAUAUUUUUGUAACAGU